AUGGCUUGGGCAGCUCUACACAGCAGGUCUGUCAUGAGGUUAUUUGUUAAACACAAGAUAAAGGAAACUUGUUGUGUGUUACUUUCAUCUAAUAAUACGAUUCAAGCUGAUCAGAGUAAGACACCGUCAAAGAAAAAGUGGAGAAAAAGUCAAAAGAAGCCUCCCUGGAAUGAUUCUCUAUCCUGGGAGGAGAGGUUGGCUGAUGCGGUCACCCCUUUGUGGAGGCUGAGCUAUGAGGAGCAACUUGAGCUCAAGCAAAAACAGCAGGAGAACAUAUUGUCGCAGCUCUCUGGUUAUCUCUCAGGUGACUCCCUAUCACACUCCUCACCACCUGUCAGAAGUAAAGCCAGCUUCCCUGUUCUGCCUAUCCUCCCUUCACCAGUAAGGGAUGGCUACCGCAACAAGUCUACGUUCUCUGUCAACAGAGGAGUGGAUGGAAAUCCAAAGACAGUCGGGUUUUACUUGGGCACUGGCAGGGGUGGAAACAUUGUCUGCGUCAACGGAGACCACCUACUCAACAUGCCAGAGAAGCACAAACAGGUAGCCCGAUGCUACCAGGACUUCUUACGCCUGUCCUCCCUGGAGCCUUGUCUGAUGUUUCACACUGGGGGUCACUGGAGAGAGAUCACAGUGAGGACCAAUGCAGAGGGCCGCACAAUGGCUAUAGUGUACUUUCAUCCACAGACACUGACCCCAGAGGAGGUGGCGGUUCAUAAAGCUGAACUGGUGGAUUACUUUACGCAAGGUACGGGGGCUGUGUGUCAGUUAGACUCGCUUUUCUUCCAAGAGAGCAGCAUGACUCGCUGUGCUCAUGAGGAAUCCCCCUAUCAGCUCCUGCAUGGCCAGCCACACAUUUAUGAGGAGGUUUUGGGCUUUAUGUUCCGCAUCUCUGCAGAUGCUUUUUUCCAGGUAAAUCAGGCAGCUGCUCAGGUACUCUACAGCACAAUUACAGACCUGUGUGUCCCAAAUUGGGAGGAAGGUAGAGGAAGAACAGAAGUGGGAGACACUCUCCUAGACGUGUGCUGUGGGACAGGUGCUAUUGGCAUUACUGUAUCUCCCAGAGUGGAACGAAUUAUUGGUAUAGAGCUCAUAGAACAGGCGGUAGAAGAUGCUAGACACAACGCAGCACUCAAUAAUGUCCUGAACUGUGAGUUUAUCCCAGGGAAGGCGGAGGCAGUACUCCCUGGCCUUAUUUCCCAGUAUAACUCUGCAAGGCUUACAGCUGUGGUAAACCCAGCUCGUGCUGGCCUGCAUCACCGUGUGAUCAGAGCGUUACGAAACCAACCUGCUAUCCGCAGGCUGGUCUAUGUUUCCUGUAAACCGGACGGAGAGGCUAUGAGGAACUUCAGGGAGCUUUGUUGUGCCCCUGACCCAAAGAAGAAACUCAUAGGGGAGCCAUUUUCUCCAUCUCUGGCUGUGCCUGUGGACAUGUUCCCGCAUACUCCACACUGUGAACUGGUGCUACUUUUUGAGAGGUAG